CUACCUACUCUUAGAUUAUCUGUGACAAGAUGAUGAGUACAAGUCAAGAGGACGAUACUUUGGACACUUUCCUCCAAUAUAUAGAAGAUAUGGGUCUUAAGGCGUAUGAUGGCCUGGUAAUACAGAAUGCUUCGGACAUUGCGCGAGAAAAUGAUCGCUUGAGAAAUGAAACCAACCUGGCUUACUUAAAAGAGAAGAAUGAAAAACGUCGGAAGCAAGAGCAUGUUAUUAAACGCAUUGGUGGCGAGGUGGUAAGAGGAAGUGAAGGGAGUUACAUCAAUAAACACUUCCGCAUGGGAUUUAUGACAAUGCCUGCACCGCAAGACAGGCUACCACAUCCAUGUUCUAGUGGAUUUUCUGUCCGCUCACAGUCCCUCCAUUCUGUCGGUGGCACUGAUGAUGACAACAGCAGUUGUUCUAGAAAACAACCUCCUCCGAAGCCAAAACGAGAUCCAAACACAAAGCUAAGCAUUUCAUCUGAGACUGUUAACACUGGAACGCUAGGCAAGAGUCCAAAGUUUACAGACAGGACAGAUGUGACAGCAAAGCAAAGACCUCACAGUGACGAGUACACAAAGAAGAUUCCUCCACCCAAACCCAAACGGAACCCAACAACUCAUCUCAGCACAUCAUUUGAUGAAACAUACAUCAAAAAGCAUGGUCCAAUGAAGGCCCGCCUGUUCAGAGAAUUAUCUUCAUCUCAGCUCAGCAGUGCUUCUCUAGACCGAGAUGAUGAACCUGUUUAUAUAGAGAUGGUAGGAAAUAUAUUAAGAGACUUUAAAAAAGAUGAGGAAGACCAAUGCGAGGCAGUGUAUGAAGAAAUGAAAUAUCCUAUAUUUGAUGAUGUAAGUCAAGAUUCCAGGUGUCUUUAUGAAAUGGAUCAUAUUAGUUGUUCUUCUCAGUGUCCUACUCCUACAGUGCCUGAUUUAGAAUUCACCAAGUCCUCAGUACCAUCAACUCCCAAAGGCCAGACUUGUGAUAUUCCCCCUCCAUUUCCAAAUUUACUCUCUCAAAGGCCUCCUUUAUUGGUGUUUCCACCAGCACCAGCACAGUGUUCACCAAAUUCAGAUGAAUCCCCUCUAACUCCUCUCGAAGUGGCAAAGCUUCCUGUGUUAGAAAAUGUGUCUUACAUAAAGCAGCAAACUGCUAGUUCACCAUCUUCACAUACAGCACACAUUCCAGGGCAUCAGAAAGUGGAGAAAGACCAAGCAGUAGUGGUGCAUGGAAGUACUUCAUCUGGGCAUUCCUCUUCACCACCACAUGCUUCAGCAACAUACAGAACACAGUCACCCCAUGGCUAUCCUAAAAGUCAUUCUGCUUCUCCUUCCCCUGUAAGCAUGGGUAGGUCACUGACUCCUCUAAGCCUAAAACGGCCUCCACCCUAUGAUUCUGUGCAUUCAGGAAGUCUUUCAAGAAGUUCUCCAUCAGUGCCUCAUUCUACUGGCAGAAAUACACCACAAGAAGGGAAGUCGAUGCAUUCAUCUACCAGUACUUAUUGUGCAUCUCAAAGCAGCUCACGUUCCAGAACACCAACAAGUCCCCUUGAGGAAUUAUCAAACCUCUUUACCUCAGGAAGGAGUCUGCUAAGGAAGCCCUCCAGUGGAAGACGUUCUAAAGAACCUUCAGAAAAACCACCGGAUGAAAUGAAGGUCAGGAGUCAUAGCACAGAACCCUUACCAAAGCUGGAAAACAAAGAACGAUCUAGUCACCAUUCCUCACCAUCCUCUAGAGAGACGAUAAAAGCUCAGGAAUGGGAUGGAACUCCAGGCCCAACUCAUGUUUCCAGCCGACUUGGAAGAUCGUCUGUCAGUCCAACCAUGCUAGCAGGAAACAAUAACACGGAAAUGAAAAUCAGCUGCAAAUUAGGUCGAUCUGCUUCCACGUCAGGUGUGCCUCCUCCUUCAGUAACUCCCCUCAGGCAAGCCAACGAACAACUACAGAGCCAGAUGACCCCUAUGCAGUGGCUUUAUGGUGACCACAAAAUGAUGGACAUGAUUGAGAAAAAGCGUACUCUGUGCAAAGAGAUUAAAGCAAGACAAAAAACAGAAAAGGGACUCUGUAAGCAAGAGAGCAUGCCUAUCCUACCCAGCUGGAAGAAGACCAACGGGUCAAAGAAGUACAGUCCUCCUCCCUAUUCUAAACAACAAACUGUCUUCUGGGACACUGCUAUAUGACGCAGGCAUAGUUUAAAGACUGUCACAUGAAUCUAAGGUUUGAA